AUGUCUUGGGAAGUGCUGCCAGUGGAGGUAUCAGAAAUGGAUACUGAAAAUGUGUCUCUAGAACCACUGCCCACAGAGGUGCCAGCAGUAAAUCCUGAAAAUAUGUCUCUAGAACCGCUGUCCACGGAGGUGCCGGGAGUAGAGCCUGAAAAUAUAUCUCUGGAAUUACUGCCCGUGGAAGUGCCAGGAGUAGAUCCUGAAAACAUGUCUAAAGGGCUCCUGCCUAUGGAGGAGCCAGGACUGUAUCCUGACAACAUGUCUAAAGGAUUCUUGACCAUGGAGGAGCCAGGAGUAUUUCCUGAAAACAUGUCUAAAGGAUUCUUGACCAUGGAGGAGCCAGGAGUAUUUCCUGAAAACAUGUCUAAAGGCUUCCAGCCCCUGGAGGAGCCAGGACUAUAUCCUGAAAACAUGUCUAAAGGAUUCCUGCCCAUGGAGGAGCCAGAAGUAUAUUCUUCAAAUAUGUCUCAAGAAUUGCAGCCCAUGGAGUUGCCAGAAGAACUCUAUUACAUGAAUAAAGGGAAGACCAUGAUACCAUCAAAUGCACUAGCGGAUGGAAACUCAGGCCUUGGUUCCUUGGGAGAUGGUGAAUGGCAAAAAAGGAAAGACGACAGUACUGAGCCAGACCAAGGUGAUUUCAAGAUAGAAUCCUCUCCUUGCUACCUGUUGACCGUACGGAUCAUCCGGAUGAGAAAUCUCCAGCGAGUGGAUGCCUUAAGCCAGGCUGAUUGCUACGUGUCCUUGUGGCUGCCGACUGCAACGAGUGAAAGGUCCCGCACUAAAACCGUGAGAAACUCUGACAAUCCAGUGUGGAACGAAACCUUCUACUUCAGAAUCCAGAGUCAGGUCAAGAACGUGCUGGAGCUCACGGUGUAUGAUGAGGAUUUUGCUACUCCAGAUGACCAUCUCCUCUGUGCACUCUUUGAUACUGCUAAACUUCCACUUGACAGAACAGUGAUCCUGUACUUCAAGCCUAGCCCAGAUGCCAAGGAGGAACUAGAAGUUGAAUUCAAAUUGGAGGUUGCACCUGGUCCUCAUGAAACGAUUGCUAGCAAUGGAGUGCUGGUGUGUCGUGAACUUUGCUGCUUGGAAGUUGAAGUGGCAGAGAAGACGAAGCAAAAAUCAAAGAAAGAGCUUUCCCUGACUGUGAAGGGCUCUUUUGAGGGGACGCAGGAUAUCGUGCUGGGCCCCAAUGGAGUCGUCAGCCCUGCGUGUCCCACCGAGUUCCACUACAUCAAGUACGCGGAGCCAACGCUGGAUGUCAUGCUGCCAAAGAAGAGGCGCUACCACCCUUGGUCCUGUAGGUUCAGUACAGAGACUGGCUCCCCAGUUGUGAUGCUGAACUCGCUGCCCAUGGGAAGGAAGACGACCAUUGCAGAGGAGAAAAGAUUUGACUUGAAUGUGACAGCAAAAACUUGUAAUUGUUCAUGCCACCAAGACCUGGACAUGCGCUUUGGGUUUAACUUAUGCUCUGAAGAGAUGGCUUUCCUGGGGAAAAGGAAAAGAUAUGUAGCAAGUGCUCUCAAAAAUGUUUUUCACCUACCACAUGAUCUGCAGGAUCAAGAAGUCCCCGUCGUGGCUAUCAUCACGACAGGCGGAGGACUGAAGUCAAUGACUGGGUUGUAUGGCAGCCUCAUGGGACUUAAGAAGUUGAAUCUCCUGGACUGUAUAACGUACAUCAGUGGGCUGUCCGGCACCACGUGGACCAUGGCCAACUUAUACAGAGAUGCCUACUGGUCACAGAAGGACUUGGACUCACAUAUUGGUGAAGCCCAAAAACAAGCAACAAAAUGCAAGAUGGGCUGUUUCUCUAUGGAUCGCAUGAAGUACUACAACAAGCAGCUUUGCCAGCGGAAAGAAGAGGGAUACAGAACAUCAUUUAUAGAUCUUUGGGGUCUCAUGAUUGAGUACUUACUAAACGAUGGGAAAGACCCCCACAAGCUGUCAGAUCAGCAAGAAGCACUGUGUGAUGGCCAGAACCCACUGCCCAUCUAUGUGUCAGUCUGUGUCCGGGACAAUUACAGCACCAAUGAUUUCAAAGAGUGGGUGGAGUUCACUCCCUACGAGGUGGGACUGCUGAAGUACGGCGCGUUUGUUCGCACGGAGCAUUUUGGAAGCGAGUUCUUCAUGGGCCGCAUGUUGAAAAAGCUCCCCGAAUCCCGCAUCUGCUACCUUCAAGGUAUGUGGAGCAGUAUAUUUUCUGUGAACCUUUUACAAAUAUGGGGACUGUCCCACAGUUCAGAGGACUUCUGGAAGAGAUGGACACAAGACAGAAUAGAUGAAGUUGAUGAAGACCCGGUGCUGCCCACAAGACCCCACGAGCUGAGGACUCGCAUGUACACCCCCCCUGGCCCCCUGUCCAGCGCCCUUCGCGGAGCACUGACCGACCGCUUCUCCGUGGCCCAGCACCACAAUUUCCUGAAGGGCUACCAGCUGCAUAACAACUACAUGGAUAAUGAGCACUUCUGUCGGUGGAAAGACACUGUGUUAGACUCACGUCCCAACCAGCUGAUGCAAAAUCCUGAUCAGCUGGGCAUGAUAGAUGCUGGAUUUUUCAUCAAUACCAGCAGUGCACCACUUUUAAGGCCACAGAGGGAAGUGGAUGUCAUCAUCUAUCUAAGUUAUACUACUGGAUCGCAUACAUCGUCUCUAGAUAAGGCGUGUAAAUACUACUCAGAGCAGAAAAUCCCAUUCCCAACAAUUUCUUUGACUGAUGAAGAUAAGAAAAACCUGAAGGAGUGCUACGUCUUCCAAGAUUCAGAUUUGCCAGGAUGUCCGAUUGUGAUUUUUCUUCCCCUUGUGAAUGAUACCUUCCGAGAGUACAAAGCACCCGGUGUCAAGCGCUGUUGCUCAGAGAUGGAGGAAGGCCAGAUGGAUUUGACCAGCUCCUGUUCCCCCUACUGCAUGUUCUCGGUCAGAUACACCGAUGAGAACUACCGCAAGCUGCUGAAUCUCAGCGAGUACAACAUCCUCAACAACUCUCAGAUGAUUAUGCAGGCCUUGCAGACAGCGAUGCAAAGGAGAAGGCAGAUGGCCAGGAGCUGCUUCCCCUCCCCGUGUGUCAUGAAGGGCGGGCCUUACCUGGCUGUUGUGCCUCUGCUCGGGCUUAGUGGGGAACUAAUCACUCAAACCUCUCAACAAGGAGACGGAGCUAUGCAGCUGAAUCCUGAUGGGAAACAGUGCACUUCUCUUACAAAGAUAGAAUCCUCUCUGUGUUACUUACUGACUGUAAGAGUCAUAAGAGCAAGAAAUAUCCACCAGGCAGAUGUUUUGAGCCAAACUGAUUGCUACGUGAGCCUGUGGCUGCCAACUGCUUCAAAUGACAAAUUUCAGACUAAAGCCAUCAAGAAUUGCAAGGAUCCAGUCUGGAAUGAAACCUUCUACUUCAGGAUCCAGAGUCAGGUCAAGAAUGUGCUGGAGCUGGCACUCUAUGAUAAGGAUGUGGUUACUCAGGAUGACCAUCUCUUCACAGUCUACUUUGACAUAGCCAAACUUUCCCUGGGAGAGGAAGUCUUCAUGCACUUCAAGUGUGAUUCACAGAGACGAGAGGAGUUGGAGGUGGGAUUUGCCUUGGAUAAUAUUUCAGGCCCUCCUGAAACCAUCAUUACUAAUGGAGUGCUAGUGUCUCGCAAAAUCUGCUGCUUAGAAGUUCAGGUGGUUGAGAAGAAAAAGAAGAAAAAAGAGAAGAAAUCAAAAAAAGAAUUCUCCUUUAAAGUGCAAGGCUCUUAUGAAGGCACCCAGGACAUUGUGCUGGGAUCUAAUCUGGUCUUCAGCUCCUCCUCUCCUGCCAAAUUCCACUAUGCCAGAUACAAGCAGCCAACGCUGGAUGUUACACUACCAGGGAAGAAAGGACCUCCCUCCUCACACUCAUGUGUGUAUGAUACAGGCUCUCCAAAUGUGGAACUUCAUUCCAUUCCAAGUGGAAAAAACAUGAUCUUAGCAGAGGAUAAAAGAUUCGGUUUAUAUGUGAAGACAGAAGACUGCCCAGACCACCUUGAUGUGCGUUUAGGAUUUGACCUCUGCAUACAGGAGCAAGACUUUCUCUGCAAAAGGAAGAAUUAUGUUAUUCCUGCUCUGAAGAAGGUUCUGCAGCUGGAACAGGAUCUGCUGGACCAUGAGAGCCCGGUGGUGGCCAUCAUGACCACGGGAGGAGGGAUGAGAUCCUUAACCGCACUCUACGGCAGCCUGAGGGGGCUCAAGAAGCUCAAUGUCUUGGACUGUGCCACCUACCUGACUGGCUUGUCUGGUACUACAUGGACCAUGUCAAACUUGUACAGAGAUGCUGAGUGGUCACGAAAGGAUCUCGACAAGCAAAUCAGUGAGGCUCGAAAACACAUGACAAAAUGCAAAAUAAAUUCCUUUUCCUUGGAAUAUUUGAAGUAUUACAAAAAGCAGCUGUGCCAGCGGAAAAGAGAGGGCCGCAAAACGUCUUUUAUAGAUCUCUGGGGGCUUGUCCUGGAAUCUUUUUUGCAUGAUGGGAAAGACAAUCACAGACUCUCUGAUCAGCAACGGGCCAUUGAUCGUGGUCAGAACCCACUUCCUAUCUACACUGCAGUCAAUGUCAAGAACAACUACAGCACUCUGGAUUUCAAAGAAUGGGUGGAGUUCACCCCAUAUGAGGUGGGAUUGCAAAAAUAUGGAGUUUUUGUUCGCACUGAGGAUUUUGGCAGUGAGUUCUUCAUGGGACGAUUGAUGAAGAAGGUCCCUGAAUCCAGGAUCUGCUUCUUGGAAGGCAUGUGGAGUAGUUUAUUUUCAUUCAAUGUGUUAUAUAUCUGGAAUUUGUCCCAUUCAUCAGAAGAUUUCUGGCACAGGUGGACCCGGGACCAUAUUGACAAUAUAGAGGAGGAGCCCGCGCUGCCCAUGAAGCCACAGGAGCUGCGGACGCGGCUGUUCACGCCGCCCGGGCCCCUGGGCAGUGCCCUGCGCGCUGCCCUCACCGACCGCGUCUGCAUCGCCCAGGAGCACAACUUCCUCAAGGGCCUCCAGAUGCACAACAACUACCUGGAGAACACGCACUUCUGCAGGUGGAAAGAUACUGUGUUAGACACAUUUCCCAACCAGCUGACACAAUCAGAUGAAUUCCUGUCUCUGGUAGAUACUGGAUUUUUCAUCAAUACAAGCAUCAUGCCACUUUUAAAACCAGAGAGAAAGGUGGACGUCAUCCUGCAUUUAAAUUACAGUGCAGGAUCCCAGAUACAGGCUUUGGACCAGACCUGCAAGUACUGCUCUGAACAGGGAAUCGUUUUUCCCAGGGUGGACUUGAGUGAAGAAGACAGGAAAAAGCUGAAGGAGUGUUACCUCUUUGAUGGUGCUGAGACUCCAGGAGCACCAGUACUGCUUUUUUUCCCACUAGUUAAUGAUACCUUCCAAAAAUACAAAGCACCAGGUCAGAAGCGCUCAGAGUCAGAGAUGGAAGAUGGCAAAGUUGAUCUCUACGGCUGCUGCUCCCCAUAUUCAACAUAUUCCCUUCAGUACACUGAAAAGGAGUAUGACUGCCUGGUUCAACUGGGUGAAUACAACAUCCUCAAUAAUGAGGACCUCAUUAUACAGGCCUUGCGCACAGCAGUGGCACGGAAAAGGCAGAUGAAGAAAUAA